CUACCAUGGAUACCAGGCCACUCUGACAGUUUGCUCCACAACAGAGCUGAUGAGAUGGCUAAGAAUGGAGCAAGGCUCAAGCAACCAGAUCAUCAUCCAUCUUUUGAAUCUCUGAAAGGAAGGCUUAAAAGUGUAUACCAUGAAAAAUGGUUGACACAGUGGGCUAACUGUAAUACUGGAAGGUCCGUAUGGAGAUACCAAAAAGCUCCAAACAGCUCUGACCCAUGGUGGUCGCUAACAAGAAAACACCAA